UGACAUAAAUUCUAACCUCAAAAAUAUACUGUUCCUUUCGUGUCGUAUUCGUUUCAAAACACGUUGAUUUGUUAUGAUAAAUUACAUUUAGAAACACUGGAAAUAUACAAUGGGUAAAAAGACUAAAGUAGGAAAACAGCGGAAAGAUAAAUAUUAUCAGCUGGCAAAAGAAACUGGUUAUAGAUCACGAGCUGCUUUUAAGUUAAUACAGUUAAAUAGAAAAUUUGGGUUCCUUCAAAAGUCGCGAGUAUGCAUAGAUUUAUGCGCGGCUCCUGGUGGAUGGAUGCAGGUGGCUCAUCAGAAUAUGCCUGUAUCCAGUGUAGUGAUUGGUGUAGAUUUAUUUCCUAUUAAGACCGUGCCUGGAUGUAUUGGCCUCACUGAAGAUAUUACUACAGAAAAAUGCAAAGCUGCAAUCAAGAAGGAAAUUAAAACAUGGAAAGCUGAUAUCGUACUUCAUGAUGGUGCUCCAAAUGUGGGUCUCAAUUGGAUUCACGAUGCUUAUCAACAAGCUUGUCUCACAUUAAGUGCUAUGAAAUUAGCCACGAAUUUCUUAAGGCAAGGAGGUUGGUUUGUUACUAAAGUAUUCAGAUCAAAGGAUUACCAUGCGCUAUUAUGGGUAUUGAAACAAUUUUUUAAAAAAGUUCAUGCAACUAAACCACAGGCAUCUCGUAAUGAAUCUUCAGAGAUUUUUGUUGUGUGCCAAGGAUAUGUAGCUCCUGAUAGUAUUGAUCCAAAAUUCCUUGAUCCAAAAUAUGUAUUUGAAGAUUUGGAGAUUGUUAAAAAACAACAUAACAAUUUAUUACACCCGGAAAAGCAAAAGAAGGCCAAAGCAGAAGGAUAUAGAGAAAAUGAUUACACUACACAUCAUAAAGUUCCAUUAUCAGAAUUUAUGAGUAAAGAUGAUCAUAUUGAUUUGCUUCAAGAGUGUUCAGAGAUUGUUCUGGAUGACAAGACUAUUUUGGAACAUCCCAAGACUAGUGAAGAAAUAAAGAUCUGUUGCAAGGAUAUCAAAGUUCUUGGCAGAAAGGAUCUGAAGGCCUUGCUCAGCUGGUUGAAGCAAAUGAAGGAAUGGAAAUCUUCUCAGGAAGGAAAGCCAGAAAGUGAUGGGGCUAAGAUUGAGGUUGACGGUAGCGAAGAAGUUGAAGGCCAGGAAAAGGAUGAUGAAGAUGAUGUUGAUGAGAAGAUAGCUGAACUUCAGGAUGAGGACCGGCGGCUAACCAAGAGGAAGAGAAAACAACUGAAUAAACAGCGACAAAAAUUAGCAGAGAAAAUGAACCUAAAGAUGGUACUGAAAGGCGACGAUGGUCCUAUUUUGGAGAGCCAUGAUAUGUUCAAGUUGUCCGAUAUCAAAAAUGCUGAGGAAAUGUCACACAUAGUCGACCAGCAACCAGAUAUUGUUGCCGACGCCAGUGAUGAUUCUGAUGAUGAAUUAAAAGUGAAAAAUAGAUUUGUAAAGUAUGAUGUGGAAGCUUCAAAGUUAGAUUCAUCAGGUCUAUUCUACAAAGACUCAGACAGUGAAUUAGAGAUGGACUCUGAUUCAGAAGAUGAAAAGGAAAAAGAUUCACUUGCAUUUUCAGACUCGGAAAAUGAAAGCAAGAAAAUUGCAAAGCUGACAAAACUGAACACUUUAAGAAAUAGCCAGAAUAUAAGGACUCCAAUAAUACCUAAAAAUAAUCCACUCUUGACGGAUCUAGACAACACCGAUCCUAUAUCUAAAAGAUCAAUGAAAGCCGAGCUUUGGUUCCAAAAAGAUUCCUUCAAAGAUAUUGAUGAAGAGGAUGAUGAGGGAGUGGACUUGGAUAGAUUGGCAGAAACAUAUAAGGAUAAAGGCAAAAAGGUCUCUGAGGAUGUUGCCAUAAAAGAUGUAAACAUUACAAAUGUAAAUAAAAGGAAACAUAGUGAUACAGACAGUUCAGACGAUGAUUCGUCAGAUAGUGAUUAUGACGUGGAAGAGGCAGUUGCGCCCGCCAGUGGCAAACCUGGCGCCAAAGCUGGCAAAAAAGAAGAGUUCGAAGUUGUAUCUCAAGAUCCAGAGUUAAGAAAGUUAAAGAAAGUGAUGAAAAUGGAUGUGGAAGCUCUUGCACUGGGAACUAUGAUAGCGACAUCAAAGAAAUUCAAGAGAGAUCUUAUUGACGAUGCCUGGAACAGAUACGCAUUCAAUGACACCAACUUGCCAGAUUGGUUUGUGGAGGAUGAGAAGAAACACAUGCAUAAACCAGUAGUCAUUCCUGAGAAAUACACAGAAGAAUACAAGAAUCGGCUUCAAGAUAUAAACGUGAGACCAAUCAAGAAAGUUGUUGAAGCUAAAGCCAGAAAGAAGAAGCGUAUGAUAAAGCGAAUGGAGCGUGCGAAGAAGAAGGUGGAAGCUGUGAUGGAAAACGCAGAUAUGUCCGAAAGGGAGAAAGCUCAGCAAGUGAGACAGCUGUACAAAAAGGCUCAGUCGGACGGCAAGAAGAAGGUCACCUAUGUGGUCGCUAAGAAACACAACACGGCUAAGCGGAUGAAGCGCCCGAGUGGAGUCAAGGGUCAGUACAAGGUAGUCGACCCGAGGAUGAAGAAAGAUAUGCGGGCGCAGAAGGCCAAGGAGAAGACCAAAGGUCGCGGCAAGAAGGCCAGGGCCACCAAGCCCAAGGUGACUAAAGCACCUAAAAGGAAAGGAAAGAAAGCUAAGUGAUAAGUUUAAUUGAUGUAUUUACUGAAUAUACUUCAUUUGUAAAUAAUUUGUUUGGAA